UAAGUAUUUCCUUUCUGGGCCACCGCCUUUGCUGCUCCCGGAGAAUGAUGGAGAGCAUUUGAUACUAUCUUCUUCACUUUCAGACAUCAAACACCCCCCUUGCAGCACCUUAAAUUGAAAUCAGGUUGUACGUACCUGGGAUCACCAUACCUUCGGUGGAUUCAUCCCAGACAGCUCUCUGUCAUCCCAGACAUGGCUCCUGGCCCCGUCUUCGUGCCGCCGGAGCAAUGGCGACAUCUGCUACGAGCUACUCUCCGCGAAUGCUCUUACCUCCCAGACCCCAUUGCGAGAGGGUAUAUGCGCGAUCAUGUGCGUGAAAGAUAUCGACACCAUGCGUCCAAGUAUCGGAGUCCCGCAUCCAUCCCAGUUCCCAAGCAGUUUAGUCUUCGAAGAGCCGCAAGGCACACCCUAUCCCUUCUUCAACGCGCCAACGAAGGAUAUCUACGACCCCUGGAAAAGGUCAUGCUGUUAUCAUAUGGUCGGAUCGGAAAACGGAGACACGAGCUUCUGGAACCUCUCCUGAUGCCCGAAGUACCACCAGAUUCUGAAGCAGUCGCGAAAAUGAUGCAGCAGCCUUCGACGUUCGAGGAUGGUUGGCAACCCCCCUCUAUCGUGGUCGACCUUCUCAAGUCCCAGCAGAAGAACGGAAUCAUUGGAAAAUACGGGAUAAGACCGCAGGUGAAGACUCUGAUGCCGAAGAUCCCCGCAGAAAACUCCUGGGGAAGGCCCCUUGCCGUCAGCCGGAGAAGGAAUAUCAGGAAGAGAUGGUACGCUGCUGCACUAGAUAGCCUUCUUCCACCUCUCCCGGAGGAAGAGGCGCGGCUACUACAGGACCUGAUCUCUGGAGUGCAGCCAUGGGCUCCGGUAAAGCGGAGAAAAGGCAUUACCCAGCCAGAAACGACGCAGGCCCUCGAUGCCAAAUUUCUCGUGCAGGGACCGCAGAAAGGACACACUUUCGGGGCAUUCGCCAACGGUCGACCGCACAACAUCACACGACGCUUCAUGCGUCGUGUAUGGGAACGGCUUUCAUGCAUGAUCCCUCGUAUGGAGACGAUCGGACCAGGAAAGGCACACUUCGAAUGGGGCACGCCCAGUCGAACCAGAAGAGAAAUGCUUACGGUGGACAAAGACCAAGCCUCUGUUCUCUUCGCGGGUGUCGACUCUGACGGCAAGAUUCAGAACGAACAUCACCGCGCCAGUGAACAUUGAAAGAAUCGCCUCACUUGAGAUGCGAAAGCAGCAGACUCUAUUCGUCAGUGUGGCUAGAACUGCUCCCGGGAGACAGUAGUCUAUCCCUGACCGCGUCUUCCUCGCGGGUCGUUUAGGCAACUUCAAGGCUUAUCCUUGGUCCUUAUGGAUGCGGCCUUUAACUACGGAAUGGAUUUCUACCGGUCAAUGAGGUGACCCUUUAUGACCACAUCCUAGGACG